AUGUACGCAGACGAUGCUGCGGAUUGUGAGCUGCUCGUGAAUCCCAUUUUGUCGGCUCUCAGCCCACAACCAGAUCACUCCACGAAGAACGCGUUGUUUCUUGAUCCAUGUGACCGGAAAACACUCCUCCAGACUGCGCUUCUUGACGACAUUAAAGUGAAGGAGAGUAUGCUACGCGACCCAAGCAAGGUGGAUUUUAUUCGCGGAGUGUUCGCCCAAGCAUUGAGUUCCUUCCAAAGCGUUGACGAGAAGUUCGUAAGGACCUUGAAGUGUUUGUGGAUUGGCUGUGAAGCCGAGGUUACACGUGCAGCCGGUGUCGAUGAAGCUUCGUUGGCGUUUGCUCGUCGUUUGAGCCAGAAAUUGGCGCAGGAGAGCGUUGAUCAUGACGCAGGCUUUGACGUUCUGUUCGCUUACGCCAAGCUCGAACAUAAAUUAGGGAAUGAGCGUCAGGUGCGGCGAAUUUGCGAUAACACGCUUGCAUCGCUAAGUGCACCAUCCUCAAGCAACACAAAUCAUGUUCACCGUUUUGUGUUUCUUCGCGCGCGAACGGAACUGUGGCCUCUGGCGGAGGACAAAAAGAAACUAAGUGGAAAGCCAACUCGUGAUCAAGGCCAACUUCGAGUUUUAAGAUCCCUGUAUAUACUGUGGAAUGUGUGGCAGCCAGACCAGCACAAUGGGGAAGAGCGGGAAACGCUUGAUGCUAUUGCGAAAACACACCGAAAGCGGCUCCACAGCUACUUGCAGGAGCUUAUGACGUCCGAUCCAUCGACCGAAACGGAUCUCAUCGCUCGAUAUCGUGUCGAGCUUAGAUACUCGAUUCUACGUUGCACCGAUUCUUGUCGACAGUCUUUCGGCGGGUCACACUGUCGACCUGAUUGCUCGGUGGGCUACUGUUUACAUAACUUGGCUCUGGUGGUUUAUGCGUAUCAAGGUUUUGAGGCGGCUUGCCACGAGUAUCGUCAAGUUUUGGCCAACUCUAAAGACCAAGACUGCUCACACGUAAGAUGGGUUUGGACUUGUUUCCUGGAGUUCAUGCAGCAGCAUCAAGCUUCAGGUUUCUUUCCAGUUGUUGCUCCGCGAGUGUGGCGAUCUUCCAUUGGUGAGGCAGUUGAGAAGUUUCCGAACAACGCGUUAUUUCUUCGGCUGUUUGUCGAUGCUGAGACGGGUAACACGAUCUCCCAAGUGCUUCGCAACUACUUCCUUCGGGUAGAAAAGCGCUGGCGGCGACAUUAUGAUUCCCCGGAACUGGUGGAGUGGUUGUUUGCGCUGCUUUGUGAAGUUUGCCGCAUUGAGCGAGCUGCGACGGUCAAGUACCUUCCUGUGCAGUCAGACGAUGACAAUUGCUCUCGGCCAACGUGCUGCCUCUUCCAUCGGUGGAGCAUGAAUAGCACUACAGUCACUCGUAUCCGUCAAAUGUUUGAAAGUAUGGUGAACCACAUCCGUACAAAGGGUAAUGCGCUAUGCUGGAGACUGUAUAUGCGCUUUGAGAUUGCGCUCGGAAAGGUGGAGGCAGCGAAAAAGGUGUUAUACCGUGGGAUCGCAGCCUGCGCCUGGAGCAAAGCGCUGUACAUGGAUGGCUUGCGCGUCCUGCGUCCGUAUUUGAGCGAAGAUGAAUGCCACGAACUUCUCGAGUUGUUGGAGGCCAAGGAGCUAAAUGUGCGAGUAGAUUUCGAGUGACCAAAAUUAGCAAAGUCAGUACUGCAGUGAAGGUCCAGAUGCAAGAACGACAAGGAGACACUGAAGCGAGUGGGUGUCGUAGGAGGUUUGACCGAGCGGGUACUUAACGUGAGAAUAUAUCGCCGAGCUUCAGGCCUC